AGGAUGAACGAGAAAGAUCUGCGUCCUCUGUCUAUCAACAUGCGUACCUCGUUGCGUCAGUCAUUUGACUAACGCAGCGUUGUUGGAGAGUCCCACGUUCGUCCACGUUUUUCUAUAACUCGACUAAGGAUCAUUAUCAUACUUGCCAGCUGCUGUGCAAGAAUCUUUUUUACUAGGAUCUUUUGAGGAAGGGAAGGGAUAUAUUGACAAAGUUAUUUUUAGUAGUAUACAAAGUAGUUGAUCAUGAUCUCCAUGCAUACAUCAAUCAAUCAAUCUAUCAAUCAGUCAAUCCAUCAAGCUUAAUUUUCUUGGACACCUGCAUGCCCUUCCAUUGGUAAGCAAGUGAUACCAGAUUCAUACUAGGAAGUGCGUGUUAUUAUUGAUAAUAUUCCUCUUGAAAAAGCAAGACCAAGAACGACGCUUGUUAUGACCUGGACAGAGUGUCAUCGAUGACGUUGAAAUAACGAUAAACAAUAACAAGAGAAGUGUCUAAUCCUGGGUUUGAUAAAGACGUCUUCGCUCUGCUUGUUCUAAGAAGAUACAUGCGUAGUUAUUUUCACUUGAUUUUCAAGAAUCAAUGGUUAUUGUUUUUUCCCAUUGAGCCAGUAGGUAAUUAAGUAGGCGAAUAGCAAAAUAAUGGACGAGACAGGGUACUCGACGGGCUGCGAUCCGUCAGCAACCGAGCCAAAACCUGCUACAGCAGUGAAAAAGGCUACGCUCGGACUUGCGUGUCUCGCGUCGCUAGCUGGGCAGGGUUUCCUGGCGUACAAGCUGCAUUUGAAUGCUGAAGAUUUCUUUGACAUUGAAAGAGGCCUGGGAACCUCAUCGUCAUCGUCAUCGUCAUCAAGAAGGCUCGAUCGAGAUGCAUCAUCAAGGGGCUCUAGCGUCGCAGGAGUCAAGAGUCAGCAUGGUGGUUCUAGUGCAAGACGGUUAGCGGACGUCCCUGAAGAUGCGAGUGGUCUUAGUGGAACAGGCUCGCCCUCGUACAGGCGUGCGCCAACAAGCAGUGAGUGGCAAACGUUAGCAAUGAGUGCUGUAGCACUCACUGCACUACAAAUUGCGUUUAUUCAGCUCGCGCGUCCCAUUUUUAAGAAUCAAUGGAGUACAUCACUACCUUCCAGUGACCGAAGAUGUGGAGUAUCCUCAAAAACAGGUGGAAAUCCGAAUCCCUUUGAAGCUUUUUGGGGAUCUGCUAGUGCUAUCACUUGUUCAGUCGCAAUACAUAAUCAUGUGAAUGUGGAAUUCAGCACCGCUUCACCUCUAAAGUUUUCUCGAUGAUAAUCACAAAGCAGCGACAAUGGAGCGUCGACAGUUAUGAGAUGCGCGUGCAAAGGGCAGCUCACGCUUGUUUUAAACUUUUUUACCAUUUUGCCUCUGCCGUAGCCUGGAUUCACCUGCUUCGGAACGAGUCUUGGUCAAAGGAGUGGGCGGUCGUACGUGCCUUCUCCCGGCUCAUCGAGGAGACUAACCCUUUGUAUUUCUUCCAGGAAAUCGUCAAUGCUGCGUGGGAGCCCCUCCCGCAUGUAGCAACUUUCUGGGCAGACCCUGCAGACGUCUCAGAGGAUGUUAGAUGGUACCUUGCACGCAUCUUGUUCGAACGAAAUAGCAGCGCUUUUUGAGUAGAUCAUCCCAUUUUCAAAAAAAGGAUCUGCAUCAUGCUGUAAGUGCGCAUUACGGGGCUUUUUCACUGUUGUAUUGCGAUUACUUUAAAUCAUUCAUCAUUUUCGUCGUCGUUCUAGAAUUUAAUCGUCGAAUCCUUCGGUAUACCUAUUGAUUGUGUAAAUCUAUAGUCCUUCUGAUCCUUUCAAAGUUUGGCGCUUGCGUGCAUUUCUUUUAUCAUAACAAAAAUACUGUAGUUGUUACAUCCAAGAACACCACAUCUUUCUCAGGCUGUACCUAGUCUCAGCGGGAUAUCUCGUCUCAGAGUUGGUCCUUAUAUUUCCAGAGAGGGCUCGCUCUGAUUUUCUGGAGAUGCUUUUACAUCAUACGAUAGCGAUCGGACUGGCCUGCUUCUCCUUCGUAUGCGGGUACUUAAUACAGAAUGCUUCAAGCUGCUUUAGAGAACAUGAUAUUGCUUAUAUAUGCAGGACAGUCGUGAUUCAAUAUUCACCAAGAAGUAAGUCUAAUUGAGCAGUUUAAGUAUAACAUUUUCCCAUCACAAGAACAGCAACACCAAAUUCAAUCAUCACAAUGAAGAAAACCCCAACCCACACGUUGUUAGUUUUUUGCGGCCGGGAAUAUUGGUGUUGUUUCUUCACUGUCUCAGCGACGUCUCAAUUUACACAAGCCGAAUGACGGUCGACUUCCAGUGGACAGCGCUAAUAGCAGUAUGCUUCGUCGUAUUGGUAUUGAAUGUUGACUUGAUUUAAGAUUGAUAAAAGUGGUUCUCAUUCUCUAGUGCUUCAAGUUCAGUCAGCCAUUAAUCAAUAUCUGAGGGGGGAUGAGUGUAUUGUUUUAGUUUACUGCAUUACACUGGAACAAAGUGCAGGUGCUAACUCCUAGGUCUCAGAUUUCUUGACAGGAGGGUUCGCGAUUUCGGACAUAAUAAGUUGUGACGGGUUUCGAGUGCACCUCGUGCAUAGACAAUGUAAGUCACCGAACGUACUACUACUACUACUGAGAUGUGAUUAUAAAUCAUUUUUAUUCCACAUCAUCUUACAGUGCGUAAAUUUCUUUUGGCUUCGACUAUGCAUCUUUCCGCUAGUAGUCGUGCGCAGCGUCUUUAUGGACUGCUCGCUUUACCUCGCCGACGAACCAAGAGUUGGUACUACAUCUAAGUUCCAGACGAGUGGCGCAAAUUUUUACUAUGGUUUCCCUAUUGUGACCUUGCUGAUGGUAGUCACAACAGAGAUCGAGUCUCUAUCUUUCGAUAAUUCCCUUCUCGUCUUUUCAUAACGACAAUUAGCACUAGGACUAGCCCUCCGGCUCCGCAAAUUCUCUGAUUCAUUUCCUCAUCAACUACAUCUCAUUUCAGAGCUAAUAAAACCCUUUGGGAUCAUGUUGUCCGUGCUCGGAACCUUGCACUGGUAUUGGUCGUUUAUGAUCGCGCGAAGUGGGUACAACUUCGCAAAAACAGGCCAAGCAAGAGACCUUGCUUCGCAACUAUCAGCGUUUAACCUCCGGAAAUUGAGCAGCAGCACAGCGCUUAUGACAGAUCAAUACUUGUUCUUGAUGAUUAGAUUCACCGUAUUGAAGUUGAUUUGUUUCAGGACCAAUUCAGUCUCAACAGAUGACCCACAGAGGUACCACGCCCUCUUCACACCUUCAUUGAAAAUUUGAAAAAGCUGAAAAAGGGGUGAGCCAGCAUGCGGAGACUGAACGCU